GGAACCCCCGACUUAACCCUAGAAUGACUGAUUAACUGGUGCCUCUUUGGACUGUGGGAGGAAACUGGAGCACUGGAUGAAACCCACAUGGUUGCGGGGAGAACUGGGGUCGCCUGCACUGUGAAGCGUCGUGCUCACCAAUAUGCUACUGCGCCACCUCAGAACAUCGCGUGGUCCCCCCAAGAUACUCCAAACACACAUAUCAUACAGAACACCAGAAACGUGCUGAAAUAAAAGGAGGAAAUUGAAAGACUAUGGAACAUGAACGGGAUAGAUACAUUGUCCCGAUAGUAAUAUCUACAACCGGUAUCAUCCCGCAGUUUCUACACAAUAACAUUAAACAAUUAGGCCUAUGCAGUAAAAUUUAUGUCAAUCUCCAGAAAGCCUCAAUACUAAACACUACCGGAAUAGUCUGAAAGCUCCUAGUGAUUGAGAAAUGAGUGUGUUCAGCUAUGCCUGUACCUCAGGUUUUAUUUUUACAAAUAAAAAUCCAACAAUCAAUCAAUAAGCAUGCAAUAAGCAUUGAUAGCAUGAGAUGUAGAGCCCUUGAAAGUGAGUCCACCGAUUGUGGGCACAGUUCAGUGAUGGGACAAGGGAAGUUGAGUGGAGUUAUCCCCUCUGGUUCAAGAGCCUUAUGGUUGAGGGGUAGUAACUGUUCUGGAACCUGGUGGUGUGAGUCCUGAGGGCAUGUCCUGGGUGGUGGCGGGGGUCCCUGAUGAUGGAUGCCGCUUUCCUGGGACGGCGCUUCUCGCAGAUGUGCUCACUGGUGGGGAGGGUGCACGCCUUUCCUUUCAAGGACCUUGGUGCCCUCCGGAGCAAGGUUUCAGUUGACUGCGGGCGCUACAGCGAUGCAAGUCGCCCGCUCGGUUUCCAGCCUCGCGUGUGUUUUUUUCUCUCUCUUUUUUUCUCUCUCAGGUCUGAAAGGAAAUGAUUUGUACAGACAACUGAUGGCCACAGCAUAUGAGUACCCACCCAUUUCCUGGGGGAGGAGCGCCGACUGCCGGUUUAUAAAUUCUCCAACACCAAGUCUCCAACCUUCAAAGACCCGGGGAGGAAUUCUCUGCCGAACCCAGCACUCCCAGAGGAGCAGCAGACGGGUGCUAAAUGACGCUUCCUUCAAGACGCCGGCAGACUGACAGAAUCCUGUGCCGGGAUCGGCGAGCAGUUCGACCGGGCGUGUGAGCGGCAGAAAAAAGUUUUCAUUGCACUUACUGAACUUUACAGACAACUCCGGGCUCUGCCGGUGCUGACAGCGUUAUUGCUGCUGUUAAAUGCGAUUAACACAGCCGGCCACCGAGUGAAAGAGCGGCUCCCCUUGUUAGUACCAUCCGCAAUAUCCCGGGCGAGGAUGCAGCUCCGGGUCCUGCUCAGUCUCGUCCUACUGUUCGACUCCUUCCCUGUGAUCUUCUCCCUUUCCACAUGCAAGACGAUUGACAUGGAGCAGAUUCGCAAGAAGAGAAUCGAGGCCAUCCGGGGUCAGAUCCUGAGCAAGCUCAAGCUCACCAGCACCCCGAAGGUCGAGCAGGUAACGGUCACGAACGAGGUGCUGGCCCUGUACAACUCCACCAUGGAGCUGCGAGCGGACAGGUGGGAGCAGCCGGACGCUGAGACCCCAGCGGACUACUACGCCAAAGAAGUGAACCGAUUCGACGGUGUGAAGCAUGACAACAACAACCCCCUGUACAAAGUCUACAAGUUCAACAUCUCGCUGAACGUCACCGAGGACGCCAUUCACCGAGCCGAGUUCCGACUCUUUCGGCUUCCUCAGACUGGUGUGUCUAUUAAGGAGCAGCGGGUGGAACUCUAUGAGGCCAAGCCGGACGGCGAUGAGUACCUGGACAACCGUCUGCUGACGGUCGCCGGAAGUGAAGAGUGGGUCUCAUUCGAUGUGACGCAGACGGUGAAGAACUGGGUGAGGUUGAAAGCACCCAUCCAGAAGCUGAAACUCAGUGUCCACUGCCCAUGUGACGGCAAUUCUUCCGGAGCAAAAAAGCUUGAGCUAAAGUUUUACGGUUUGACGCGGGGAGAUUUGUCGGUCCUCUCCCAGAAGAGCCAGAAGAUGGCCCACAUCCUUAUCAUGUCCAUUCCGACCACCAGGGCGCCGACGCACAGCCGAAUUAAGCGGAGCGAAAAGCGUGAAUACUGCUCACCGAGCGCCGAGGAGAACUGCUGUCUCCGCGCCAUGUACAUCGACUUCCGUAAGGACCUGGGCUGGAAGUGGAUCCACGAGCCCAAGGGUUACUAUGCCAACUUCUGCAUGGGGCCCUGCCCGUACAUCUGGAGCACAGACACCCAGCACACGAUGGUAAGAGGCCGCAGCACUGCUCAAUUUCGCUCAGAUGCGCUUUAAGGUCCGCGCAGUCCC